AUGGAUGUGGACGAAGAGCGUGAAUUUCGUCGCCGACACGACAUGACCGACUUUUCCGCCAAGAACAAGCUCCCAGAGCCUCCAAAGGCUAAGGACAUUGCUGACAUCUUAGCUGCGCUGGAGGUGCUGUCACUGCUUUCCAUGACAGGACCAGAGGCCGUCCCAGAAUUGGUGGCAUGGAUUGACGACUGUUUUGAGCAAUUCCGAUCGUAUCUCGUGCGUCAAGACCUGGUGGCGGCGGCGGACGUGAAGAUGGGCUUUCAAUUCAACAGCGAGUCUUACGCCCGGGUGGUGCAUCGUGUGACGAACCUGAGAGUCGAGGCAGCGACGAGAGCACCCCCUCGAAGAACCGACACUCGACACAGAGGAGCUCAGCGCAAGACGAAGGGCGCUCACCAACCCUCAAUCAUCCCGGUUCCUCAAGCGGUUGUGGCGGCUUUACCUAUCCGGAAGGGGAAAAAGCUCUGCGUGAGAUUUUUGUCGGUAGACGGUUGCCCUGGUGACGGCGACACCUGUGUGUACGACUAUCGAGGUCAUUUCGUACCAACAAGGCUACCAACGAUUGUCAAAACGUUUAUCGCCAAGGCUUACGGUGGGAUGCGAGCUACCAGCUCAGAGAAAGAAGAGGGGGCCACAGACGCGUGA